AUGGCGGACCUGUCAAAGGCCAAAAUAGCAACGCCUGAAGAGGCCGUUGCUACAAUCGCAUAUCUCGCGAGUGAUGUCGUCGUCUCAGUCCAGCCAUCGCUGGCCUCCGACUCGGAGUUUUCAGGUCAUCUGAAAAGGCUUGCAGCCCAGAAAGUGCCCAGCUUGGUAGCAAACACCAGCGAUGCUCUGCCCGAAAUUCAGUCAGUGAGGCACAACACAGAUCCGCUGCUCUCUGUCUUUACACCAAUUCGAGACGGCCGUCUUGUCUCGGUGACGACGACGUCGGCCAUUCUGCUGCCCUCGAUAGCGCACCUGUACAAGCUCGCCAAUUUCCCUGUCGUCCUCCAUGUCGCCCUUGGGCCCAGCAGCUUCCCCGAUUAUUCAGCCAUUACAGCGAUUCGCAACUCUGGAUGGACAUUCCUGCAGUCAUGGUCGUUGCUGGAGGCUCAGGAUAUCGCUCUCACGGCCCAUGCUUUGGCCGUCCGCUCCGGCAAGGGCGUCAUCCACUUUUUCGACCCCAGCUCCAGCAUAGGACUUGAUCCGAUAGAUUUCAUAGGCUUCGAUGUCGCCCGCACUGUGCUGAACCUUGACAAUGUGCGGAGGUUCCAAUCCGCGCCAAUUGCUGGCUCCAGCAUUUAUGCCAAUGAUGGCCGGGUCGCGGUUGCCCCUGAGCAGAGAGAACCCGUGACAACCGGAGAUGUUGCGGUCAAAAGCGUCACGCCUACCGAAAUGGAUGUGGCAUCCACCGCAGAAACAUCUCGGAUAUCCUCUCAGUCUAGCCAGCAAAGCUCGACGAGCUCGCCUCCUAGCCCCUCCACGGCGACAACCAUUGAGCCGGCGGCCCAGGCCAUCACCUCCGAAGAUAUCUACAAAUACGUGACCUCGAUCUGGUCUCAGUUGGACGGCCUGGUGGGGACGCGAUAUAGCGCUUUUGAGUGGAGGGGCCCAGCCAAUGCUGAGAACUGCCUUCUCCUUUUUGGAUCCAACGUGGUUCUCUUCGCAGACGCAAUAUUCAACGCCCAGGCGGACGAACCUUUUGCGAAUGUUGGGCUGAUUAUUCCGAGGCUAUAUCGGCCUUGGCUCGGGGCAAUGCUUGUCCAGUCUGUGCCCAAGUCGGUCAAGAGGAUUGCCGUCCUCGAGCAAGUCUCAAGGAACACAACAAAAUGGGGCCCGGUCUUGAUUGACGUUCUGACUUCGGUCAAGAGCGCCGUGGGCGGCGUUGAAACAGUUGUCGGCCAUCAGCUAGGAUGUAUCUCCAAGGAGACCGUCCAGCAAGCUCUCCGAGGCGUGUUCCAGAACCUCACCUCUGACAAACCAGUCCAGAACUUGGAGGUUGGCGAGCGGGAAGCACCAAAUCAACCCGCAGAAUACAGUCUGGAAAAACCAAAGCUCGAGACCGCUUACACCAAGAUUCUCGACCAGCUCUUCGGCAGCAGAGCUUACAUCGCCAACUCUCUUGGCUCCGAUAAUGCUGGUGUCUCUGCUACCAUCGCCGCAACCCCCGAGUACGGCUUCGGGUCGCUCCUCGCCAGGAAGGAGCGCAGACAAAAGUUCAUUGGAGAGGUCAAGCAGGCAGUGAGCUCUGGGCAGUUCCUGACCGAGGUCCCCAAAAGGGCUUUGACCCAGUGGGUUUCAAACGCCGAGGACGUGAAGAAGUCCGAGGAAACUACUGAGGAUGUGGUGUCCAAGCUCUCCAUUGAUAAUUCGAGGCUCUCACGGUCGCUGCUGGAAAACAAGCACUUCUUCCGCAAACAGUCUUUGUGGCUUGUCGGUUCUGAUGCCUGGGCAUACGACCUAGGAAACUCGGGCGUCCACCACGUUCUGGCCUCGGGCGAGAACGUCAAUAUGCUGAUCAUUGAUUCGACUCCGUACUCCGAGAGAGCCGCAGCCGACGCCAACCGUAGGAAGAAGGACAUUGGUCUUUACGCCAUGAACUUUGGAAACGCCUAUGUUGCCUCGACCGCCGUCUACAGCUCCUACACGCAGGUGCUCCAGGCCAUGGACGAGGCAGACAAGUUCAACGGCCCGUCAAUCGUUCUGGCAUACCUCCCUUACUUUGGGGAGCACGACUCUCCCCUGACCGUCCUCCAGGAGACGAAGAAAGCGGUUGAUCUUGGCUACUGGCCGCUGUACCGGUGGAACCCCGAAAACGAGAAGAAAGGCGAGCCCAACUUUUCUCUGGACUCGGAGCGCAUCAAGAAGGAGUUGAAAGAGUUUUUGGACAGAGACAACCAGCUGACACAGCUCAUGCGGAGGGAGCCGCAGUUCGGCGCUGCUUUGUCUGAAGAUUUUGGGACCGAGAUUCGAGCGCAGCAGAAAAGGAAAGCCAAGGAUGCGUACAAUCAGCUGCUGGAGGGCCUGUUUGGAGCACCGCUCACAAUCUUGUUUGCUUCUGACAACGGGAACGCGCAGUCCCUGGCAAAGCGGCUUGGCAUCAGGGGCAGGGCUCGUGGUCUCAAGACGAUGGUCAUGGCUAUGGAGGACUACCCGGUCGAGGAUCUACCGAAAGAGGAGAACAUCGUCUUCAUCACGUCAACGGCCGGGCAGGGCGAGUUCCCGCAGAAUGGAAAGCCUUUCUGGGACGCCAUCAAGGACAGCACCGAGCUUGACUUGGCCUCUGUCAAGUAUUCCGUCAUGGCGUUGGGAGACAGCCACUACUGGCCCAGGAAGGAGGACAAAGUGUACUACAAUAAGCCCGGCAAGGAUUUGGACAGACUCUUGGCCAACUUUGGCGCGACCCGCCUGGCAGACAUUGGGCUUGGCGACGACCAAGAUCCGGACGGGUACCAGACUGGCUACCAAGAGUGGGAGCCUAAACUGUGGGAGGCGCUCGGGGUGGCUAACGUCCAAGGCCUUCCGGAGGAGCCUCCACCGGUCACCAACGAGGACAUUAAGCUUGCGUCCAACUACUUGCGUGGCACAAUCGCCGAGGAGCUCAAGGACACAUCGACGGGCGCAAUCUCAGCAGCCAACCAGCAGCUGACCAAGUUCCACGGCACGUAUAUGCAGGACGACAGAGACGUUCGCGACGAGCGCAAAGCCCAAGGACUGGAGCCGGCCUACUCAUUCAUGAUCCGCUGCCGACUCCCCGGUGGAGUCUCGACGCCGAAGCAAUGGAUUCAAAUGGACGACAUCAGCACCCAGCUCGGAAACGAGACGAUGAAGCUCACGACACGGCAGACAUUCCAGUUCCAUGGCGUUGUCAAAGGCAAGCUGAAGCCGGCCAUGCAGGCCAUUAACCGCGCCCUCAUGACCACGAUCGCCGCAUGCGGAGACGUCAACCGCAACGUCAUGUGCAGCCCGCUCCCUUCGCAGUCCAAGUAUCACCGGGAGGUGUGGGCCUGCUCCAAGAAAAUCAGCGACCACCUGCUUCCAUCAACAACGGCGUACCAUGAGAUAUGGCUGACGGACGAUGAUGACAAGAAGACCCAAGUCGCCGGUGAUGCGGUCCAGGACUUUGAACCGCUUUACGGACCUACCUAUCUGCCGCGCAAGUUCAAGAUCUCAAUCGCCAUCCCCCCACACAAUGACGUGGACGUGUAUGCACACGACAUUGGACUCAUUGCCAUCAAGGGGAGCGAUGGGCACCUCGAAGGCUUCAACCUGCUGGCUGGCGGAGGCAUGGGUGCCACCCAUAACAACAAGAAGACGUACCCGCAGACGGGCAGGAUGCUUGGCUUCGUCAAGGCGGCCGACGUGCAUGUUGCGUGUGAGAAGGUGAUGUUGGUGCAGCGCGACUUUGGCGAUCGGAAGAACCGCAAGCACGCGAGACUCAAGUAUACAAUCGAUGGCAUGGGCGUCGAUGUGUUCAAGGCCAAGGUUGAGGACUACUGGGGACAGCAGUUCGAGCCUGCCCGUGAUUUUCACUUUGACAGCAACAUUGACACGUUUGGGUGGACCAAGGAUGAGACGGGCAUGAACCACUUCACUUUCUUCAUUGAGAACGGGCGUAUCGAGGAUACUGCCGACUUCCGCAUGAAGACGGGCCUGCGCGAGAUUGCAAAAGUGCACAAGGGCGAGUUCCGACUCACGCCCAAUCAACAUUUGAUCCUGAGUAACGUAGCCGACGAGGACAUGCCGGCCAUCAAGGCGCUCAUGGCGGAGUACAAGCUGGACAAUCUCCAGUUUUCGGCGCUCCGGCUCAGUUCGUCUGCUUGUGUGGCGUUCCCGACAUGCGGCCUGGCCAUGGCGGAGAGCGAGCGGUACCUCCCAGUGUUGAUCUCCAAGCUGGAAGCAUGCCUGGAAGAGAACGGUCUGCGGCAGGACUCGAUUGUCAUGCGCAUGACGGGCUGCCCCAACGGAUGCGCGCGUCCGUGGCUUGCCGAAGUUGCGUUUGUCGGCAAGGCGUACGGGGCGUACAACAUGUACCUAGGCGGUGGUUACCACGGGCAGCGGCUGAACAAACUCUACCGGUCGAGCAUCAAGGAGGACGAGAUCCUAGCCAUCAUGAAGCCGAUGCUAAAACGCUAUGCCACGGAGCGCAACGAGGGUGAGCGCUUUGGGGACUGGACAAUCCGAGCAGGCAUAAUCAAGGAGACAACGGAUGGGCGGGACUUCCAUGAGGGGGUUGCCGAAGAGGAGGAGGAUGAGGAGUGA